AUGUUUGGAGGCCAUGCUGCUAAUAUGUUGGUUCCUGGAGCACUAAUAAUAUUAGGGGAAACCGAGCUUGGACCUCUUGAAGAAUAUCUGGAAACCACAGGUGCCGGCGACCGAUUGAAAGCUGUUUCACUUGGAAACCCCAUCUUCCAUGAGAAUUGUGGUGGGAAAACUCCGAUCCAUAGUCGAGGCACCCACACAAAUGCUCCACGGGUUGACAUUUGCCACAAGAGCAGGGUCGGGCCCAGAAUUUCCAGCCGAAAACACCACGCUCACACCAUUCUGCGUCGCGUGAAACGAGCCGAUAUCUAUGCUGAGCGCCACAAACUCCAUCAGAGGCGGCUCCUUACUUAUGGAUGCCGAGAUGACGUGGACCCCAUCGUGCACCGCAUCGUCGAAAGCCGCCAGCACAUCCUCCUCCGUGCACACUGGCCCAUAGUCGACAUUCCAGCAGGCCUUGUACACCGCCAGCCUGGCCUUGGGGGCCCCACCACGCGCGAGGCCCUGCCCGAACCCCAUGAAGCUCGCGCCGUCGGAUCGCGAUCCUACGGCAGUGGAGGCCGUGUGGGUCCCGUGCCCAACAGAGUCGCGAGCAGACCUGUAUUCUCUCGUCUUGUUGUUGAUCGGCCAGAACCUCCUCUCGAAGCCUGCAAGGUAGUACCGGGCACCGAUCAGCUUCCUGUUGCAUACCUUUCUGGGGUCGAAAUUUUGCCCGGCUACGCAUUUUCCCUUGAAAGACUUUGGUAUGGGCCGCGAGUUCCUUUGGAGCUGUCGAGUGAGAGACCCAUGAAAUCCCAGCUUCUUGUAGUCUGCAACUUGAGUACACCGCUUUCGAAAACAGAUAUCACGCCUCGAGUAUCUGCAUAUCCAUUAGCUUCAUCAAUUACAAUGUAUCAUCAGAAUAACAUCAGAGCCAAAUUUAAAAGGAACCGUGCACAAUGGGUUAAAGCUAAGGCUUUAUUACUUGCUAAGACGUUUGCUUGGGUAGAAUUAAGCACUGCAGCAAAACCUGAAAAGGAAUGCUUGUAG